AUGCAUUGUUUGACUCUUGUUUCUCCAGUGGCCUUGAGGAUAGUGCUGGUGGGGAAGACUGGAGCUGGGAAAAGUUCCUCAGCAAACACCAUCCUGGGUGAACGAGUCUUCAAAGCUGCAAAAAGUGCAUCAUCCAUCACCAAGGAGUGCUGGAAAGAGAUUAGAAAGGUGGCUGGGAGGGAGAUUACACUGGUGGAUACUCCAGGUCUGUUUGACACAGAUCUCUCAGAAGAAGACAUGAAACAGAGAAUUAGUAAAUGCAUUAACAUGACGGUUCCAGGACCCCACGCUAUAAUCCUCACCAUACAGCUCGGACCCUUCACCAGAGAGGAGCAUCUGUCCGUCGAGAAGAUCAGAGCCAUUUUCGGAGAGGAAGCAGACAGAUACACCAUCAUCCUCUUUACUCACGGAGAUGAACUGACUGGCACACUUGAGGAAUACCUCAGUGAAGCAAACAAGGAACUGAAAGAUCUCAUACGUCGAUGUGGGGAGCGUUAUCACGUUUUUAAUAAUAAAGAUAUGCAGGACCGUAUGCAAGUUCUGGAAUUCCUGGAUAAAGUUGACUGCAUGGUUUCUACUAAUGAAGGUCAAUUUUACACAAGUAAGAUGUACCAAGAUGUGGAGCAUACCCUAAGAAUCCAGGAGGAAGAGCUGAGGAAGCAAUAUGAGCAGAAGCUGAAGGAGAUAGAGAGAGAGCUGGAGUCUAAAUUCCAGGAGGAAAAGAGAAAACUGCAGGAUGACAUUGAUGCUCUGAGAGAAUCUAAUACUGAAAAAGAACAGAAAAUCAGAGAGUUAGAGCGUCUGGAUGAAAUCAAAGAGACCAGUCUGAUUGAAUAUGUGCGCUAUUAUGAGCUUAAACUUCAGAAUGUCAGACAGGAGGCAGAACAAAUGCAAAUCACCAAUGAGGUGAUUCUUAUGCAUGUUUUUAGCAGGUUAAAAUGUACAGUUGAGUAG